UCCAGCUUCCCGGUGAUGGAAAGGCGUCGAAGCUGCAAAAGUUCCCCUGGAGAUCUCAGGAGGUAGAAAAUUUCCGCUUUAUAAUUUCGCUUCUUCUGCGAAAAUUAUCGGUUUGUUAUGGAUAGUUUCACCGCCGAAGAUCUCUCAACUAUUGGUGGAAUCGCCACUGUUUCGAUCCUACAUUCCUUCAUUCCCACCCACUGGCUUCCUUUCUCCAUCGUUGGUCGCGCCCAGAAAUGGACUCUCUCUCGCACUGUGCUCGUCACUGCACUUGGAGCAAUUUUGCAUGUAAUAUCCACUUCACUUCUUGGGAUUACGGCAAUCACCAUGGCAAAUACUAUUGCUGGUGAAGAAACAGUGCAUAAGCUUGCUUCAGUUUUGCUCAUAUUUCUUGGUGGUGGUUAUGUUCUGUUGUUUUUGUCUGGAAAGGGUGGCCAUAGUCAUUCUCACAACCAACCCAUGGAGAAAAUGGCUGUUGCUGGACUCAUUCUUGUUCCUGCAUUAUCUCCUUGUGCAACAACACUUCCAGUAUUUCUUGCUGUUGGAAAUUCAUCUUCCAUGAUGGUUCUUGCCAUUAUAGUGCUGCUUCUCAGCACUAUAACUGUGAUGACGUCACUUGUGGCGUUGUCAUUCUAUGGGGCCAGUCAGCUAAAGUUUCAUUGGGUGGAGCGGUAUGACAAACUUCUUGUUGGCUCAGUGCUGUGUUUGGUAGGAGUUCUGACCCUAAUUUUCCAUGAUCAUGAUCAUGAUGGAGACCUAAGCUCUUUUGGAGGGCACUCCCACAGGAAAAUCAUUUCCCCAUGAGAAUCAUUCAUGGCCUGCUAUUUUGAAGCUUCUGGGCUUUGCCACUGUUGCUACUUGCAAUACAGAGAUUUGAUCAGCUUAGUCUAGUUAAUAGUGGGUGGAAACUUGAUUUCCAAAUCUAAAGGGGCAGUUGGUGGAUGAAUUGCUUUGUUUCUUUCUAUAGUUUACCCUCAUGUGCUUGUCUGAAAUUAGUUUUUCCCCAUUUUUGAUUGAAGUGUGUCAUUCAACCCCCCGUGGAGUGUCCAGUUUCCACUUGGCCACCCUGAGUCAAAAGUAUAUUCCCCUAAUAUUUUGAGCAAUUUCAUGUUCUCAUGAUUUGUUUUGUCAAAAUUUGGAUGGAAAAUACUAUUUCCUCAUGCAAUACACAAGCAGGUUGGGUGACCCACCGUGAACCAGAGCGAACUAAUUUCAAGGUCAAUCACAUCUGUAAUUACUCCUUUCUUUCUUGUUUAAAUAGUAAGUUCAUAUACAGCUACUGACCUCUCUGUAAUUUGACAGAUCACUAUGGUAUGCAAUUUUUAUCAUUCAAAAGCAAAGUAGUGUGCCGUUUCAUUGAUAUCAGUAUGACUUGCGUUAUUUGCUGUAA